GGGCGCUAUUUCUGUGACUGGUUCUUUAAAGUAAAGAAGAAGAUCAGAGGCAGGACCAGAUCUGAAGAAAUGAAUGGUGUCCUGGUUCAGAUCUCCUCUUGGUCAUGGCAUCCACAUUCCUUCACAGUAUUAAAUGACCUCCACAAACACAUCAGGAGAAACCACUGGGAGGAAUUCAUCACACCGCUGAAAUCAAAGAUCAUGUGAGAAUAUGGCAUCCAUAAGAAGCUCCAGUGGUGAGCAAACUUCCUCUGGGUUUCUCCAGCCUUACCCUUCUCAGAACCACAUGCAGGAAAGUGGAGGAAAGAAGAGAACUCACCGCUGCUCAGACUGCGGGAAGAGCUUUACUGCACCUAGUAAUCUCCAGAUACAUCGUCGCAUUCACACUGGAGAGAAGCCGUAUCAGUGCUCAGAGUGCGGGAAGGCUUUCGCUCAGCGAAGUUAUCUCCAAAUACACCAGCGCAUUCACACCGGAGAGAAACCAUAUGCCUGUUCAGAAUGUGGAAAGAGUUUUACCGCACAGAGCCGUCUCCGAAUACAUCAGCGCGUUCACACCGGAGAGAAACCGUAUCACUGUUCAGAGUGCGGGAAGAAAUUUGCCACACCAACUCAUUUCCGAAAUCACUGGCGCAUUCACACCGGAGAGAAACCGCAUCAGUGCUCAGAGUGCGGGAAGAGGUUUAUUGAAUUAGGCUCUCUGAAAAUACACCGGCGCGUUCACACAGGAGAGAGACCGUAUCAGUGCUCAGAAUGUGGCAAAAGAUUUACCCAACAUGGUGAUCUCCAAAAACACCAGAGCAUCCACACAGGAGAGAAACCGUAUGACUGCUCAGAGUGCGGGUCACGUUUUCAUCGUCAGAAUAAUCUCAAAAUUCACCAGCGCAUUCACACAGGAGAGAGGCCGUAUCAGUGCCCGGAUUGUGGGAAGAGAUUCGCUGCACCGAGUCACUUCCGAAACCAUUGCCGCAUUCACACCGGAGAGAAACCGCAUCAGUGCUCAGAGUGCGGGAAGAGGUUUAUUGAAUUAGGUACUCUGAAAAUACACCAGCGCGUUCACACAGGAGAGAGACCGUAUCGCUGUUCAGAGUGCGGGGACAGGUUUUCUGUACUGAGCCACCUCCAACGACACCAGCGCGUUCACACCGGAGAGAAACCAUAUUACUGCUCAGAAUGUGGGCAGAACUUUCGGCAUUUAAACACGUUAAAGACCCACAGAUGCAUUAAGACAGGGGAGAAGGAAGCUAAGAGAACUCACCACUGCUCAGAGUGCGGGAAGAGUUUCACUCGGCAGAGUGAUCUCCAGAAACACCAGCGCGUCCACACCGGAGAGAAGCCGUAUCACUGCUCAGAGUGCGGCAAGAGGUUUACGGUACAGAGUAACUUUCAGGUGCACCAGCGCAUCCACACCGGAGAGAAACCGCACUGCUGCUCCGAGUGCGGGAAGAGGUUUAUUGAAAUAAGCACUCUGAAGAAACACCAGCGCAUCCACACGGGAGAGAAGCCGUAUCUCUGCUCCGAGUGCGGGAAGAGCUUCAAUCAGCGGAGCAGCCUGCAGCGGCACCAGCGCAUUCACACCGGAGAGAGGCCGUAUCAGUGCUCAGAGUGCGGGGAGAGCUUUAACGUACAGAGCAGCCUGCAGCUGCACCAGCGCAUCCACACCGGAGAGAAACCCUAUUACUGCUCAGACUGUGGCCGGAGCUUCAGACACUCAAAAACUUUAAAAAGACACAAAUGCACUAAGAAUGAAGACUCGUGACAAUAUCGUCAAAUAACGACGUUUUCGUUAGCGGUUCUUGUGUGAGCCAUGCCGCCUGCACUCCCGGGCCAAGCCCAAAAUAUCAAAACAUUAAGCUUUUAAUGGCCUUAAUGACAAAUCAUUAAAGGAGCAAUGUGCAAGAUGACACAACCUUUUGAAUUCAUAUUCCAUGCUCCAAACCAACAGGGGGCAGCAUGUCGCAAGAAACAAGCAGUGUGUCCCAUUUCAGGGACUGGAUGCUUCACCGCCAGCAAUUGAUUUUUGAUGUUUUUUUUUUUUUGUUAAUAUUUGUAUCGUUAGCCAUUCGCCUC